UAUGAAGCUGUCGAUUCCAAGAUGAUGUCUCAUGUUUCCUUCCCCACCAGUGACUGCUCUCUCAUCCGCUCUUUCCACUAGCUUUCCUUGCCUCCUCACAACGCCUUCAUUUUCUUUCCUUUCCGAUCCUUUUCUCUUCUAUAUAUUCAAGUUUUUCUCUCAUUUGCUUGACCAUCUCCUUCUUCAAUUCAAUUUCUCAAUUUGCUUCUUGCACGUAUAUCCUUUCUUUCCAUUGUAAUGGACUCCACUUGGGUUAACACUUCCCUUGACCUCAACAUCAGUCCUUUCUGCAAGAAUAUUGAUGCAACUGCUCCGAAGAAAAAAUCGGAAGGAGAUUUUGUUGAUGGGUUUGAACAGAAACUACGUGUUAAAGAAGAGGCUAGCUUUUUGGUUGAAGAGUUGACUAGGUUAAGCUCUGAGAACAAGAAGCUAACAGAAAUGCUUACUGUUCUCUGCGAAAAUUACAACGCUUUGCAAAACCAGUUUGCUGAUUUGAUGAGCAAGAACUCUGAGAAGGAGCUCGCAACAUCUAGGAAGAGAAAGGCUGAGAUGGGAAUCAAUAAUGGAACUACAGAAAGCAGCUCUAGUGACGAAAUAGAUUCAACUGAAAAGCCAAAGGGAAGCAUCAAAACAAAGAUUUCAAGAGUUUUUCUUCGGACCAAUCCAUCCGACACUAGCCUAGUUGUGAAGGAUGGAUAUCAAUGGAGGAAAUAUGGCCAAAAGGUUACAAGAGACAACCCUUCUCCUAGGGCUUACUUUAAGUGCUCAUUUGCUCCAAGCUGCCCUGUCAAGAAGAAGGUUCAAAGAAGUGCGGAUGAUCCUUCGAUCUUGGUGGCAACUUAUGAAGGAGAGCACAACCACAUGCAACCGGAAUUACCUUUAGGCUCGAGCCACCACCGUUCAAGUUUAGCAGUUCCAAUUCCCACUGCGACCUCUAUGAGAGUUUCAGGCCCUGCAACUGCAACUCUCGACUUGAUUCAACCUGGAAUGCUAGACAAUGCUAAAGAGACAGUCAAAGAAACUGAAGCUCCAGCAAUCCAGGAGAUUUUGGUCCAACAAAUGGCUUCUUCCUUAACAAAAGAUCCAAAUUUUACAGCAGCUCUUUCAGCUGCCAUCUCAGGAAGAUUCAACCAAACCCGGAUAGAGAAAUGGUGAAAUUAGAAAUAGUAUCAUGACGAUUGAGAGUUCAUACUUUACUGUCUUGUUUGUAGGUUAAUUUGAUAUUACUAAUGAUGUAUAUAAAUGUUAGAGACUAAGCCAAAAUCAAUUAAAAUAAAAAAAGAGAGAGAAUUAUUUCUUUGCAAA